AAAAAAAAACAAUGGCCAUUCCAAUUCCAACUGUUUCCAUUGCCUUCAAAUGGUUUUCCAAAUCCAAUUUCAAGCUCAACUUCCCUCGCCUUCUCUUCAACCCCAAACCCACCUCCUCUAAUCCUCCUCCACCACCCCUCAAGGCGGCGCCACCGCUCGCCGAAGUCGCCUUUCACCACCUCGACGCUGAUGGAGAUGGCAAAAUCUCAUGCGACGAACUCCGAUCCUACUUUGCAUCCAUCGGAGAGUGUAUAACACGCGACGAUGUUCGUAGAGUGAUUCGAGACUUCGAUGGCAACGGCGACGAGCUACUGGAGCUUCAAGACUUUGCUCGCCUAAUGGAGGUCCAGGAGGAGGAGGAGGGAGAGGAUUUGAGAAGGGCUUUUGAAAUGUUUGAAGUUGAAAAGGGGUGCGGGUUCAUCGGACCGGAGGGAUUACAGAAGAUGUUUCGACGGUUGGGGUAUGUGAAAUCGAGCGACGAGUGCAUGGCAAUGAUCGACGUGUUUGACAUUAAUGGUGACGGUGUUAUCGAUUAUCGUGAAUUUCUCAGAAUGAUGGCAGGGCCUAAUUUAACAUGUGAAUAAAUCUCCUUUGAUUACUGUCGUGUAUCUGUCUUUUGUUUUUGUCAAUGUUAAUGAAAAGUACGCAUAUAUAUGUAAUAUACUUGAGUGAGGUGCUUGGAUUUGGCGUUGUUGUCUCUUAAUUAUGUCGGCAGACUGUAAAUUCUAUAAGCUUUUUCAUUUUUCCUGUUUUGAUAUUUUGAACUUUGUAAUAUUGAAACUGAAAAUAAGGGAACAAUACUUUAAGUA